AUGUCUGCCUCAUAUCUUCGUAUUAAUAUGUUCAGUGAAAUUGCAAAACAGUUGCAAUUAUCUUCAAAGAAACUGGUAAUGGAUUGUUGCACUAGGUGGAAUGUCACAUUUUGCAUGUUGUCUACUGCUUUAGAGUUCAAAGAUGUCUUUCCAAGAUAUCAACAAAGGGAUCCUACUUAUAACUCUUUGACUAGUGAGGAGGAUUGGAAGAAAGUUCAUUUUGUUUGUGCUUUUCUUGAAGAAUUUAAUGAAGUUAUCCACAUCAUUUCAGAUUCUGAGUAUCCAACUUUGAAUUUGUUUCUUCCUGAACUUUAUAAUAUAAAAAAGUUGUUGAAUGAUACAAAAGUAGGUGAAGGUAGUUUCAUAAAAAAUAUGGUCAAGAAGAUGAAGACUAAGUUCGAUAAGUAUUGGGGUGACUGCAACUUGUCAAUUUCUAUAGCAACAGUAUUAGAUCCAAGGAAUAAGAUGAAAUUUAUUGAAUGGUGCUUUCUAGAUAUCUAUUCUGAAGUUUAUGCAAUUGAGCACAUCGUUACAGUUCGUGAGACGUUACGUUUGCUGUAUAGUGAAUAUGUUGAGGCUCACAGAACAAAUAUUGCUGAAAAAGAUGUUCAAGGUGAUACUCAAAAAGAAAUCUCUAGUGGUUCAAAUAUCCUUAAUGGACAAGGAAAAGGUAAAGUGAGAGCACAAUUUGCCAACUACAUUAAGAAUGCUGACAGUGUGGAGCAAGUGAAGUCUGAGCUUGAGGUGUACUUUGAGGAAGGAGUUGUUUUUUGUGAAGAUGAUCAUGAGUUUGAUGCAUUGUCAUGGUGGAAGAUGAACAACUUAAAGUUUAGGAUUUUGUCAAAGAUGACGUGUGACGUACUAUCAAUUCCAAUAACUUUUGUGGCUUCUGAAUCAGUUUUUAGUGCGCGAUGGUAG